CUCCAUCACAUUGAGUUCCAAAUCUCAUUCAUUUCAUCACUUGCACACCAGAACUACCAGAGAAGUUACCUACCUAGAGAUCAAAGACACACAACCAGUCACUACCCUUCAAGGCUUCAGCAGCAAUCAACACCACCCCUUGUUCAUCAGAGCAUACUAUCAUCUCCUUCAUUAGCUAUGGUGAAGACAGAGCAGAGGAUUCAGCUGGCUUCUGAGACCUCAUUGAAACCAUUAGUGCCUUCGUCGAAAACAACAUCGAGGGACGACAAGAAGAAGAAGUACAAGGGUGUGAGGAUGAGGAGCUGGGGCUCAUGGGUUUCGGAGAUUAGAGCCCCAAACCAGAAAACAAGAAUAUGGCUAGGCUCAUACUCAACAGCGGAAGCAGCAGCCAGAGCCUAUGAUGCCGCUCUCUUGUGCCUCAAAGGCUCCUCAGCCAAUCUCAACUUCCCAAUCAGUGCCUCCUCACAGUUUGUUCCUCAUGAAAAUACUAUCAUGUCCCCUAAGUCCAUUCAGAGAGUAGCUGCAGCUGCUGCUAAUAGCUUCAAUCAUGAAAAUGCCACCACCAUCACAGCCUCAUCUCCACCAUCACCGCCUCCUAAUGAUCUCUCUUCUUCAUCUUCAUCACUGGUCUCAUCCCCAUCAAUGUCAUCAUCCUCACCGUCGAUUAAUCUCGUUGACGAUGACAUGUCCUCGCUGAUGGGCUCAUUUGGGUCCUAUACUCCUACUACUUAUGAUCAUAAUCCACAGGCGGACUAUGAUGUACCAAUCUGCACCAUGGAAUCAUGGAACAACUUUGAUGAUUUAUUCACUGGUGCCUUGUUGGAUCCACCUAUGAAUUAUGACUUCUAUGAAGAAAGCGAUAUUCGCUUGUGGAGCUUCUGCUGAGACAAAUCAUCAACACUUGGCCUGCAGAUAGUAGCAGCACCAUGAUCAUACUAUUUUAAUCCAAUUCAUAUUCAUUCAAUCAUCUUCAGAAAAUUGCUUGAAGAUAUUACUGACAGUGACCCAAAUUCUUUUACAUUCCAUAUGAUAGGUGAAGAAAUUUACAUUGAGAUGAAGAGACAUCUUUUUGGACUCUAUCUCAUGUAAGUUUCUAGUAUUAUCUCAUGUAAGUUUCUAGUAUUAUCUCAUGUAAGUUUCUAGUAUUAUUGAUAUGUAUUGUUAAAUGCAAAAGUGUGUAAUAUUAUGCAAUGUUAUUAAUAUAUGGUCUUAGAUUGUAAUUGAAUAAGAGAAAUGGGGAAAUUUUUUCAACAA